AUGUCUUCUUCUCAAACGCCCAAGCCGGACACCCUCCUCGUGUCCAACGGCGGGAGGUGGACGCUGACGGCCGAUGGGGAGGCGUUGGAGCGGAGUUUCAAGUUUAAGAACUUUGCAAAGACUUGGGAUUUCAUGACGGCCGUUUCGCUGCAGUGCAAGAUCUGGAAUCAUCAUCCCGAGUGGUCCAACGUCUACAACACGACAUUCAUACGCUGGACAACACACGUCCCCAAGGGCCUGUCAGAAAAAGACAUCAGUCUCGCCUCCAUCUGCGACUCCCUGGCUAAAGAUUUUGGUGAGCUGGAUCCCGAGCCGGAGCAGGCGAGUUGUGAGAUGAGGAGUUUGGCGGACGAGGUUGUCAAGGAUGGGAAUUGCUGUGUGAAGAAGUAG